AGCCAGCACUAGAAGUUUUUUUCAUAUCGCCAUCUACGUUGAAAAGUCUCUUGCUUCAACGCUGUUAUCAAAAUGGGUCGUGUCAGGACAAAGACGGUGAAGAAAGCCUCCCGGGUGAUCAUUGAGAAGUACUACACCCGGCUUACUCUUGAUUUCCACACAAACAAGAGAGUAUGUGAGGAGAUUGCUAUCAUCCCCAGUAAGCGUCUACGAAACCAGAUUGCUGGAUUUGUAACACAUCUGAUGAAGCGUAUCCAGAGAGGUGCUGUCCGUGGUAUCUCCAUCAAGCUGCAAGAAGAGGAGCGUGAGAGGAGAGAUAACUACGUUCCUGAGGUCUCCGCCUUGGAACAGGACAUCAUUGAGGUUGACCCCGACACCAAGGACAUGCUUAAACUUCUGGAUUUCAACAUCACUAACCUUCAAGUCACCGAGCCAGCAGCCCCUGGUAUGCCCUUCCGUGGUCCUCGCCUGUAAAAUACAUCUUGCACUCGAUCGCUAGCUACUCAAACUACAGUAACAUUUCUAAUCUCAAACAUGGACUGCUGCAAGCCGUCUCCAUGAAACUCCACAUCCCAGCACACCCGAUAGAUACCAAGCGAUAAAGCGUCUAACUCAUUUUGUCAUCGGUAGUUUCCACCAUGUCAUUGUCAUCUUAAAGGUGUUCAUGAACAAAUGAAGAACUUUGUGAUAAGAAUCUACCAUGGCAUCAAUAUGGAAUUCUCACAUGUAAUAAAGUGACACUAUUCAACAGCA